UCUUACUUAGUAGCGUUUUUGACACUUUUAUCACUGAAAUUGACUCAGCCUUGAGCUUUCACCUCUCUAUGUUAGAAAGAAAAAAAAAAAAACUGUAGAUUGUGUAGAUCCUCUCCCAUAGUCCCAUCUCAAGCAACAAACCUAACAUACCAUAAAACCCAAAUCACAAAUUAAAAACAGAAUUUUUUAAUUUAUUAUCUCUUUUCUCUUUUAAUUUCCUCUUUUUUAUUUUUUUAAAAAGAAAACAAAAUAGAGAGCGAUAUGGAAUUUGACGAGCACGAAGACCAAGAGGAAGAGGAAAUGGGGAUCCCGGAGCCGCCGCCUGCGCCGCAGGGUUAUGACUCGUUUGGAAACUCGGCGGCGAGGUCCAAAUCAGAAGGAGGAGGAGGAGGAGCUGCCGCCGUGACACCUGGUCGGAAAGGUGGAACCGCCGUCAGGUACAGAGAAUGUCAGAAGAAUCACGCGGUCAGUAUCGGCGGCCACGCCGUUGACGGUUGCUGCGAGUUUCUAGCCGCCGGAGAGGAAGGAACACUGGAGGCCGUGAUCUGCGCUGCCUGCAACUGCCACCGCAAUUUCCACCGCAAAGAGAUCGACGGCGAGACAAGCCCCUACCACCAGAACACUCCUCGGCCUCAGCAACCGCCGCAACCGCCUCUGCAUCACCACCAGUACCACCAACACCAUCAAUUCUCCCCUUACUACCACCGCGCACCGCCUCCUCCUACCGGCGGAUACCUCCACCUGUCAACUCCGCCGGUGUCGCAGCACCGGCCUCUAGCUCUUCCAGCAGCCGCAUCAGGCGGCGGUGGAUUCUACAAAGAGGAAGAAGACAUGUCAAACCCUAGCAGCAGCGGCGGCGGCGGCGGCGGUAGCGGAAGCGGAACAAAGAAGAGGUUUAGAACGAAAUUCACACAGGAGCAGAAGGAUAAGAUGCUUGCAUUCGCAGAGCAGUUAGGGUGGAGAAUCCAGAAGCAUGAUGAAUCUGCAGUUGAGAAUUUCUGCGCUGAAACCGGUGUUAAGAGACAUGUUCUCAAGGUUUGGAUGCAUAACAAUAAGCACACUCUCGUCAGGUACUUGCAUUGUGUUAUGAAGACGAGUUUAUUCUUAGAUGAUGAUGAUGAUGAUGAUGAUGAUGAUGAUGAUGAUGAUGAUGAUGAUGAUGAUGAUGAUGAUGAUGAUGAUGAUGAUGAUGAUGAUGAUGAUGAUGAUGAUGAUGAUGAUGAUGAUGAUGAUGAUGAUGAUGAUGAUGAUGAUGAUGAUGAUGAUGAUGAUGAUGAUGAUGUUUCCAUCAAUUAUAAUAGGCGAAUGGAUGUGUUUACUGGGCAUCAAAUUAGUCUUCUUGUCCUAGCUGAAGAUAAUGAAGAGUAUUCAAGUGAACAUGAUGUUGUUGUAGUAGAGGUUAGAAAUGUCACUAUAGAGGAAAUGAAUAGGAAAGUAGAAGGGGCAAUUGACGAGAGUGGACAAGUUAAGAAGGUGGCCCAAGCUACAGUAAACCAAAAAUCUUUAUCCCAUCCUAAGCUAUUGAUGAAGAAGAUGAGCAGCCAGCAGCAUAACCAUAAGAAAUGUAGAUGCUCCGAUUCAACAAGUGCGUUUGGAGAGACAACAAGUGCAAACCACUUAAUGAAAAGUGGGCAGUGGAUGAAUUGGAGGAUAACUCAUCCAGAGUUGACGGUGAAAGAGGCUGGACAAUUCUUCAGAGAAGAGUACGAUAUAAGUAUAAAUGAAACAAAUAUCUACCGGUGUAUAGUCAAAGCUAGGAAGUGGAUUGAGGGAUCGAAGAAGGCACAUUAUUCAUUGCCUCGAGACUAUAAAUUUGAGAUUUUAAGGUAUAAUCCUAGUUUAACUGUGAUUAUUAAGACAAUGUCUAUGCCUGAUUUAGGGUAUUGUAGGGCAAAGCUGUUGACAGCUAUCGGACAAGAUACUAACAACCACAUCUACCCGAUAACCUAUGCAAUUGUUAUUGCAGAAACAAAAGACAAUUGGAAGUGGUUUCUUCAGCUGUUACAAGAGGAUCUUAGAGAUGCAUAUCAUAAUAGAAGACCCGAGGAAUAUGCAAACCAUUGGCUCACUGUUAGAGCAUACAACAAAACGUAUGAAUUCCUGAUUCAACCUGUUCCUAGCAAAAAGUUUCAGAAAAAGCAUAGUUAUGCAAAUAUUUUAUCACCAACAUACAAGAGGGCAAGCAAAAGACCAACGAUGAAGAGAAAUAAAAUGAGUGAUGCACCAGAGCUACAACUAGAUCCUCACAAAAUCAAGUGA